AUGAAAGGUAAAAAAGUGCAAUAAGGUAUCUGGUGUUCUAGAGACCAGUUUCUCUCUCAAUUUUAGCUUCGGCAAAGUUAGUUACAAGGUAUCAUUAUUGCAUCUGUAUUGCUAUUCCUCCUAGAACCUGACUAUGGUAAAAUAGUUACAUGGGGUAACAUUGCAAUGGGGCGGGGAUAAUUCAGCCACAUCACUAUCAAUUUGCGAAGAUGCGAGUCUCGUCAAAACUCCGGUAUUACUAGUCAAAUAACUGAUCUUAGUCAGAAUUUACUUUUAUUGAGGAAGGGCCUGCUCUCUGGUUCUCCCAUGGUAUUGAUCAACAUGAUUGCUUUGCUUUUACUUUAGAAGAUUUUCAUAGGCAACAUGACUUGAUGAUGAAGUAUGAUUGGGACUUUGAUCAUGACUUGGAACUUGGAAGAUGUUCCUGCUAUGGACUUAUGGAAAGUUGCAGAAUGUAAGCUGAAAGAUGGUAACUGGCUGCAAUGGGAUACUUUGCGUGUGCUGUACUCAGUGCUGUCAAAGAUUGUUGUAGAAUACAUUUGUUCCGGGGCUUACCUAGAACCGGACGGUGGUUGGGCUUGUCUGAGGCCCAAGCGUUGGAGGAGUGUGGUCUCCGACUUGGUUUACGUCUGGGAGCCGCCUCCGAGUUGUGUGUUCCAAGAGAUGGGGGGUGGUACCUGCAAAGACACUCCGAUGCCUAAGUCAGCAUGGGGUUAAGCAGGUUUAGAAUGUAUUGGAACUUAGAGAUACCUGAGGAGUAUCAGGGUAUUUAUAGUGGUGAUCCAAUAACCACCGUUGGAGUAGUGCCACCUUUUUAGGUGGAUAACCGUCCCUUUUAUCUAGGGAUUGUUGGGAUAUGGCUUCUAGAAGUGGUUAGAGAGAUUUUAGGGGCAGUUACUUAUUUGAAUAAGUGUUAUCUGCCAGCUAUCUCUUGAACCCGACUUCUUCGGAAAGAAGUCUGUGUUGAGUCCGACCUCUUCUAAAGAGGUCGGUGAAUAACGAAGGCCAAUCUUUGGAUUGGGCCUCUUGGUGUAUUUGGACCUGGGCCAUACCGUUGGGUCAGGGUAGGAACAACAUUGUUUCAAGUUUUGUACGUAAUACACUGAAGCUAUUUAGUAGCAUGAUUUGGCUAAGGAUUAUAGUGCUAAAUUGUUACACCCCAAUACGAAUCUAAAAAAUUUUCA